AUUAUUGAGGAGUGUGACUUCACUAAUUUUUCUGCUUGCACAAUCAAUACUCUAUAGACAAGCGUCUUCUCGUGACGCAAGGUUUGUUGCAGUGAUGUGGACUGAAACCUCAAUCGGACACGCCUAAAAAGGAAGUUAGCCAGCCAGCAAGUGACAAAGGAGCUAGUCGUCUUGUCGAGUUAAUAAAAAUGGAAAAAGAGAAGAUGUUUAAAUUGCUAAUCUGAAGUCCAGCAACCAAACGAAAAAGCUUGAACCAGAAAACCAGAACUGGAACCAAUUCAUCAUCAGGACAAAAAAGGAGAGCAUUAUAAAUAUAUCAUCAGGACAAAAGAGCAGAGCGUGAUAAUUCAGCAGUAACAAUGACUGUGUAAAGGGAUGCAGUUUCUCCCUACUGUAAAACGUGGUUUGAUAGAACAAUGGCUCUGUUAAUGAGAUUCCUCUCUGAAGUAUGGCAGAGCUUGUCAGGACUAAUAUUAGGACUCAUAUUCUUCACAGCGUGAAUGAAAGUGGGAGCUGUUUGAUGUAGAAGCUUGCCUUUCUGCCUGAUCGGGUAAUUGAAAGUUACUGCACUAGGUGCCACAUACUGCACACUGGCUUUGUAUAGAAAUAUCAGAAGAGAAACUGAGCUGUCUUGUCAAAGGCUUCAUUGACACUACACACAGAGUCAUUUGUUUGUUCUCACAGCUUCAUAGGCGGGAUACUGGCUUGGAGAAAAAUGGAAACUAACGUGAGCAAUGCAGGGUAUGUAUUCCCAAAAUGCAGGGAACAGAGCUGCUUCUUAAGUUGAGGAGCCUGCUAUAGAUGUAUGCUCGAUCAGACAAAAUGUGUUCAUAAGGAGGAGCCAGUCCCAUCUUGUGAUCUGCCUCAUUGGAUCAAGUUUCCAUUAGUUUUGCUGGAAGUACACUGCUGUGCACUAGAUGAUGCUGGUACUUUCUAAUAUGAAAACACUUGAUCUAGCCUAUUUUACAUAUGUCUAGCAGGUCACUGGAACUGAAGAGCAGCGCCUGAACCCAUUACAAACAGAGACUUAUCAGGAAAUUAAAAACAAUUCUAAUAUUUGUGCAAUUCCAACAAGAACCACUCAGCAUGAUUUCCAACAAAAGUUCUCAAUAAUGCACAAGAUAUAUUUUGGACAAGCCGGGAUGCUGAUCUAGCUAAAAGGACCCUGCGCCACUGCUGCUGCAGAUCUUUCAAGACUCCCUCUGUCAGUCAGGGCUGGAAAUAAGGGCACAACACCAGAUGUUUUAAACCAGAGGAAAUACCUGGUGUACUACUGAAAACCCUUUUGUGGCCUUGGCAUACUGGAGGAAAGACGAGACACAACUUAAUAGGACGCCAAUUCCUAAGGUGUGAAGGAGACCAUUGGAAAGGAAGCACCCACCAUGAAACAUCUGGCCAUUUCAAAAUGGCUAACUCAGCUGGGUCUCCUGGAGUACUGCAAGCUGUUUGAUGAGGAGUAUGAUGGAGUGGAGGAUCUGCUCCACUUGACAGAGGCUGAUUUAAAGCAGAUGGGCAUCCACAACCAUGCACACCGGGCUCACAUCACCUCCAGCAUCCUGGUGCUUCAAGAGAGAGAGAGGAGGAGAGAUCUGAAGAUGAUGGCUGAAGCUAGGUUCGCCAGCCUCCCCAGGAGCAUGCACAGGAGCCGGCAGUGCUCGCUGGCUUCUUCCAUGGAUCUCCUGAGCAGCAGAACCGACACGGCAGAGCCACGCGCCAACGCCUACCAGGAGGUUUCCAUCCACGGCACCCUGCCCAGGAAGAAGAAGGGCACAGCCCCUGUCCGCUCCUGUGACAUGUACAGCCACACGGGCACGCUGCCGCACUCCAGGGUCAGGCCUCCGAAGUCCCCGCUGCUUCACGAUGUGAUUCAGGAGGACCCAUUUGAAGAUGCAAGGAAGUGUUUCAGGAACCAAUACGCUAUGGACCCAGGAAUGGAAUAUGUUAAGUUCUCCAAGGAGAGGUACAUCAUGGAUGGCACUCAGGAGCGGUUACACAAGGAACUGGAGGAGGAGCUGAAGCUGAGCAGUGAGGAGCUACGAAGCCAUGCCUGGUACCAUGGAGCCAUCCCCAGACAGGUAUCAGAAAGCCUGAUCCAGAGGGAUGGAGAUUUCCUGAUCCGGGAUUCUCUCUCCAGCCCAGGGAACUACGUCCUGACAUGCCAGUGGAAGAACAGCCCACAGCAUUUCAAAAUUAACAAGAAGGUGAUGGCCAUGAACGAGGCCUACUCGCGGGUGCAGUACCUGUUCGAGAGGGAGAGCUUUGACAGUGUGCCCUCCCUUGUGCGUUACUACGUAGGAAACCGCAAGCCGGUGUCGGGACUGGUGGGCGCCAUCAUCUUCCAGCCCAUCAACAGAUCCCUACCGCUGCGAUGUCUGGAGGAGAAGUACAGCACGACUCCUAUCAGGAUCGAGUGCUCCGUGCCGGCCGAGAAACCUGAGAACUGCAAGAGGCUGAGCCUCAACGUCAUGAACAACGGACACUCUCUGGACCACAGAGGCAAUCUCCUCAGAAAUAAAGACAGGAGUGGCAGCCAGCCUGCCUGCCUCAACCACGUCCAGGAGAAGAGACGGCCACUCAAGACGCAUCAGUCCGAGAGCUUUCUCCCCAUUGGCUCCAGACCCCAUCCCCAGACACAUACAAUGGAGAUGCAGCCACAACAGAAGUCCACUGUAUUCAGGACUGGAAGUGAGCCGGCCCUCAGCCCAACCGUGCCAAAGAGACUGAUGUUCGAAACACAGGCCGGGGAGGCUAUCCGGGGUUCGGACAGCCAGCUGUGUCCCAAACCGCCCCCCAAACCCAGCAAAGUGCCGUCCCUGCGCCAGCCGCGUUCCCCGCGACUCCAGCAAGCCCCAUACAGCCCUGACGUGAACUACUGUGAGCUGAGACCCUGCAGCCCAGCCGACUGGGAGAGGCUUACCCAGACCGCAGUGUCCCCCAGCAGCUACGUGGAGAGGCUGAGGACCGAGGAGAACAUAAAGACCUGCUACAGGAAGUCAGAAACACAUUUUUCUGUGCUGGAGCUGAACUCUUACCAAGCCACCAUGGAGUUGGUGGAAGACAAGAAUGAAGAGGACGAGAAGGUGCCAGCGUUUGUUCGUCCGAUCUUUGAGACCGUGUCUGUAUUUAGACCCAAUGACUUUGAAUCCCGGCUGCUUCCCUCUGAGAACAAACCACUGGAAACAGUAGUCCUCAAAAAAGCCAAAGAGCUUCUUGUGAGCAAGGACCUAAAGACCAUCGCCAAGCACAUCCUUUUAGCUGACUGCCAGGUUGCUAGGAUACGGAACGUCUCUGAAGAAACAAAGGGGCUGAUGGGAGUGAACUCUGGCCUGGAACUCAUUACAUUGCCUCAUGGACACCAGCUGCGUCAGGACCUAAUUGAAAGGCACAACACAACAUCAAUCGGGGUAGCGGUGGAUAUUCUGGGCUGCACUGGGAGUCUAGAUGAGCGAGCGAUGGCUCUCAACAGGAUCAUUCAAGUGGCGGUGGAACUGAAGGACUCCAUGGGAGAUCUGUAUGCCUUCUCCGCUAUCAUGAAAGCACUCGACAUGCCACAGAUUACCAGGUUGGAGCAAACGUGGACUACCCUGCGACGCAAGUACACUCAGACAGCCAUUACCUACGAGAAAACACUCAAACCCUUUUUCAAUGGUCUAUAUGAAGGAAGUGUAGACAUUCCUCUCAGCAGUACAACAGUUCCCCUCUUGAUGCCUCUUCUCACCUUGAUGGAGCGCCCGGCAGUUACUUUUGAAGCAAUGGAUCUGUGGGACAGCAACGACCAAGGCUGUGAGAUCAUGUUCCGCCACUUGGAAAGCGGCCGCACUGUAGCUGAAAACGCAGAUACAUACAGGAACAACUCAGAACGCAUUCUAGAAGAUUUCCAGCCCAAUGAAGACAUGCUUGAGAUCUUCAAGACUGAUUUUCAGCUCCGGUUACUGUGGGGCAGCAAAGGAGCUCAGGUAAACCAGAUGGAGCGCUAUGAAAAGUUCAAACUCAUUUUAACCGCUUUGUCGAGGAAGCUGGAGCCUCCCGGCAAACACACUGAAUUAUGAGAGGCAACAAAACCAUCUUACGAGGCCUGAAGUAUCCACCAGAGAAAAUCACAAGCCUGGCUGCAUUUCAAAGUGACCGGGCGCUACAUUACUGCGCAGUUGGUUAGAAAGAUAACGAGAGAGGAGAGACCAGUCACAAGGAAGAUGUCACUCCUCAUGUACUGUAACUGUGCCUUUUCUAACCUUUAAUUGACUGAAAUGAAGUUAGAGAAAAAGCUUUGUGUACUACAAUGUUUUAAACAUAAAAAUUUGUUUGGAAGUACACAGUUUAUUAAACCUGCUUAAAGGGUGGACAUUUUCCAUUUCCACCAGCAUUUCUAACAUACAGAUUUGUUUAACUGCUCAGGGCAUAACCUUUGUAUUGGGUAAAUCACACAUUUACCAAGAGAGCACCGAGAUAGAGUGCUAUACCUGUUGAUAUUGUAAAACACUGGGACUCUCAUCAUAAGUUACCUUACUGGUCCGUCUGUUCAUAUAGUGAAGUACCACACAAGUAAAAAAGAAAUGCUGGUUUGGAAGAAAAUAAGGUAACUAUAAAGGAGUUUUAAAAUACAGCAUGUGAAUGCAAGAUUGUGUAAUAUAUUUUCCUGCUGCAAUAUUAUCAACUAACAUGUAAAUAGAAUGACAUAUUAAUUUUAUUAUCUUUGAUUUGAUUAAAUAUUGUGAUGAAAAGUCUAAAUGAGUAACCACGUGACCAACUAAUUAAAGUACACACUGGUAUUGUUA